GGGUGCUGUGGCAUUUGCGCUCGUCCCCACACACUCUGCCUUGCGCACAUACAUAUUUGCACACACCUUAGUCCCAAGCUAGUCUCCUUCCACUGACUGGCAUAGGUCCCAGAGCAGACUUUUAGUACGGGAGGAAAGUUUGAGGCGUUAUUUCAAACCUAGGGAGUAGGACAUAGUGCUGGUAGAUAGUGCAGGUGUACGGCGACAAAGAGGUUUAUUAGAAGGGAGCUGGGAAAAGUUUACUUGCAAGUUGGAGUUGUUCCACUUUGACUGUUGGGUGUCUGCUGUCAUUCGAUUCUUUAUAUAGUGCUUUAUUUUUAUCCUGGGACAGCGUUCUUGCACACCGGACCGCGUUUGUGUGCUCUUCAAAGCUCCAUCUGCAAGUAAACGUGUGCAUAUUCAUCGUUGUUUUCUUGAAACCGGGCCAUGGCCGACACAGACUUCAAACUGGAGCGCGCAGUCUACGCCGAAGUCUCUGAUGACGACGAAGAGGCCGCCUUAGUUGCGCCUGCUUCCAAACCUGCCAAAUCUGCCAAGGUGUUAACCUCAAAACGUGGCGAUGAUGAUGAUGACGACGAUAACUCCGCCAAGGAGGUGAACCUGGUUUUGGGACCGGGGCUUGAUGGAGGUGGCAGUGAUGAUGUUGAGAAGUCAGAGGCCCAGGCUACAGGAAUGAUGGUUCUGGCACUCCUAGAUAAAAUCAUAGGUGUGGUGGAUCAAAUCCAGCAGACCCAGACAGAUCUGGAGGCCAGGCAGGAGAUCAUGGAGAAGAAAAUGAGCAGCAUCCAGACAGACCUGACCAAGCUGGGGAAGAGCCACGUUGGAACGGCCGGAACGGUCAACAAGCUGCUGGACAAGGUGCGCAAGGUAAACGUCAACGUGAAGAGCGUGCGCACGGACCUGGAGAAGCAGGUAGGACAAAUCAAAAAGCUGGAGAACAACGAACACGAGCUCCUGAAGAGGAAGAACUUCAAAGUGCUCAUCUUCCAGGACAAGGAGAAACCUGUGAAAGUCUCCAAGAAGCUGGUUAUAGAGGAAGGUGAGCAGGUGCUGAGUGAAGAUGGAGAAGAACACGAGGAAGAAGUGGAGAUUGAAGAAAUCAUUGAGGAAUCUCGUGCCGAGCGCAUCAAACGCAGUGGCAUGCAGAAGGUCGACGAGAUAAAGAAGGCAUUCAGCAAGGAGCAGAUGGAAAUAAAUAAACAAAAAACCAAGGAUAACCUGGAGAAAACCAGACAGAGAACUAAAGAGAACCUGGAGAAAACGCGUCAAAGAACCCGAGAGAACAUCGCGAAGACCAGGAAGACCUUGGGUAAAAAGAUGGGGAGGCUGAGAACAAGGAUCACGCCUAACGCCGAACGUCGCGAGAAAAUCCGUAGCUCCAGGGAGAAGAUGAAAAAGUCGUUAUCGCCUGAUCACACCGUCUACGCCCGCUCCAAAAUAACCACCUACCGCGUCCCGCCGUUCACCUUUUACGUGAAGAAGGACCGCGGGGGUGAGAUUGAGCCCACACCGGAGCCUCACCCAGAGGAACAGGUGGAGCAGCAUGAGGAGGUCCAGGUGGAGGAAGGAGUGACAAAGGUGGAGGAAGGUGAACUGGUCAAUCUGGACAGCCCAGAAAUGGAGGCCUUGCUAGAGGCAGCUGAUCACUCACGGCUGGUGAUACAGGAUACGGUGAGACCCAGGGAAAAAGCAGGCCAGUAAAUCCAGGUCGAAAGCCUGAGGAAAAGCUCAACGUUGAUAUGCGGUGUGGAGGUCUGGACAUGAGUAAGAAUAAAUGGAUGUAGGGAAUUGGGAUGUGCUUGAUGAUGGGUUAAGAAGGCAACGCAAUGUGGAAUAGACUUGACCUCUUGGCUGAACAUUUUGUUGGUUUGUUUCUUUUAUCUAUUAAACCCCAAGUUUGUGAUUUUUUUUUUCUUUCAGAUGUCAAUUUCUAAAAUUGAUUAAUGGUCUCAUUUUAUUGUGAUAAAAUUGUACUCCAAGUACUUUAAAAUAGUUUGGUUGUGAUCUUAAAGAACAUGAAUGUAAUGUCACAAAGCUGAAUGUGUGUGGGGUGGUGCUAACAUAAAAAAAAUAUAUAUUUUCAUAAAUACUCUUAUGACAUUGAUAUCCUAUUAGAUGGGAUGUUACGUUAACCUAAAUGUUAUUAUUAACGUUAAACCCAAACUAGGUAAAGCAAGAUAUUGUUUAAAUAUUUAUAUUAAAGUACCUUUAUCUGGACACACUGUAUUAUGUCUCACUUGGUUACAUGCAUGAUUUUAUGGGUAAAAAUAGCAGGCCCGAUGUUUAUCUGAACCUUUUCAAUGCAGUGAAUGAUAAAGUGUUGAUAUGAAAGUGAAACAGUACAGUUAAUGUGUUGUAAGGAAAAAUGAAUUCAGUUUAAAGCAAAAAAUACACAAAAGGAAGUAAAGAGAGUUGUUGACAUAUUGAAGAUUUUCUCUGUUAAGGCUGAAGGUUUUCAUAAUCACAUGGCUAAAGCAAGCUGUUUUUCUGUUUAGUCACCAAUAUGGUUGUAAUCCAAAGUCCAAAAUGUUUUACAUCCUUCGCUCACUGACUCAGACUUUGAGGAAAUGUUUCAGAUGUUAAAGUUAUUGGGAUGAUACAUGUGAUAUUCAAACCGAAUCUCAGUUUGAUUUAAAACGGUUGUUUUUCAAAGUUUGUGUGUAUUUAUUCAGAGGUUUUGGGUGAUUCUCCUGUUUGUACAGUUUUACACGCUCACAGCAAGUCUGUUUAUUGUCUUUCUCAUACACAUACAUGAAUGCAGUAUUAUGUAAUCAGGGACCUAUGGAAACAUAUUUCUCGUAUACUAUAUUUGAGCAAUUUCUGUCAAAAUACCGGACUGUGUAGUUCACAUCAUUCAAGUAAAUAGGAACACAUCAUCAAACUUUCAUUGGACUUCAAUGACCCACAUUAUCAUAGCAUGUAGUCUCAUUUUUUUCAAACCAUAAACUCAAAUAUGUAGUUUUUGUAUCAUGCCGUUUAUGAUCUGAUGUUACAACAGUUAAUGCAGCAUUCAAAGGGAUAAUUUUAUAGAUGUGUAGGUUUGAAUGAAGUCAAAUAAAGCUCUGCAUUGUUCUUUGUUGCCCUGUGAGAUUUGUGGCUGUAUAAAUGGAUUAGGUGUAGGUUGCUUUAAAUAAAUAAAUAAAUAAAAGUGUAACCUCAAUAAAACCCUUUUGUGCUUGUGCAUUAAAUUAUUAAAUAUCACAAAACAUCACAGGAACUUAAAGUACAAUGCACAUAUCAAGUGACAAUUAUCAGAAAAAAAACCAGGGUAAAUAAAUAAUGUACAGCUUAUUUUUAAACUUAUUUUUUGGUGUAUAUAU